GUCCUAUCAGGAUCGUUUUAUCCCUUUCCCUCUACGUCUCUUUAGUGGUUGAUUGAUUACUCGUAUCCUUAAAUUUAAUUGGAUAAGGCUAAAAUAGUGGCUGAGACAGCUGUUGCCAUAAUCAAAAUAGUUGCUCCUUCUUGCUUUUUAUUUUAUCGCUUUUUUUUCUUUAUUAAAUAUGUCUUCUUAUUCAACUUCCCAUCAUUCUUCAUCUUAUGGCUCCAGUGGCCGUGAAAGAACCGGUUAUUCAAACAAGGGAAGUGGAAACUAUCGUGAUCAUCGUGAGACUUCACCUAGAAGAUCAAGCAGACCUGCCUCUAGUUAUGGAAAUGGAUCACGCAGCUCUGAAAGCCGUGGUUACUCUUCUUAUCGUCCCAACGAUAACCACAAGAGUGGUGGUAAUUCAUACUCUAGCUCUUAUGGAGGCAGCAGUUACGGCCAAAACAAUGGAAACUACUCUUAUGGAUCAAAUGCUACCCAACCUACUGGAAACGGCUACGGUUCUUCUUACUCUGCAACUACUACUGCUACUACCAAUAACACUAAUGGCUAUGCUGGCAGUUAUCGUAGUGGUGGAAAUAACUACAACAACAAUUCUGGCGGUUACAGAAGUCAAAAUGGAUAUCAGCAAAAUCAACACUCUGGCGGUCUUCAAGACAUUGAUUGGGACUUGUCUGCUUUACCAAAGUUUGAAAAGAAUUUCUAUACAGAACACCCAGAUGUUGCUCAAAGAAGCUUGGAAGAAAUUGAGGCUAUCAGGAAUGCUGCUAAUAUGACAGUAACUGGAUAUGGUGUGCCAAAACCUAUUAAAAAUUUUGAAGAAGCCAACUUCCCUUCAUAUGUCAUGCAAGAGAUUGCUAAACUAGGUUUUGCUCAUCCCACUCCUAUUCAAUGCCAAGGUUGGCCUAUGGCUUUAAGUGGCCGAGAUGUUGUUGGUGUCGCAGAAACAGGUUCUGGUAAAACAUUGGCUUAUACACUUCCUGCUAUUGUUCAUAUCAAUGCACAACCUUUGCUUCAACCUGGUGAUGGUCCCAUUGUAUUGAUCUUGGCUCCUACAAGAGAACUUGCAGUACAAAUCCGUGAACAAUGUGACAAGUUUGGUGCAACCUCUAGAAUCAAGAACACAUGUCUGUAUGGAGGUACUCCUCGUGGCCCACAGAUUAGAGACCUCACGAGGGGCGUUGAAAUAUGUAUUGCUACCCCUGGGCGUUUAAUUGAUAUGCUUGAAGCUGGAAAGACCAAUUUGAAGCGUGUGACUUAUCUUGUUCUUGAUGAAGCCGAUCGUAUGCUUGACAUGGGCUUUGAACCUCAAAUCAGAAAGAUUGUCAAUCAAAUUCGUCCUGAUCGACAGACUCUUAUGUGGAGUGCUACCUGGCCUAAAUCUGUUGAACGCUUAGCACAGCAAUACCUUAAGGAUUUCAUUCAAGUGACCGUUGGUUCUUUGUCAUUGAGUGCAUCCAUUAAUAUCUCUCAAUCAGUAGAAGUCUGCACACAAGCAGAGAAACGUGGAAAGUUGAUUGUUCAAUUGGAGCGUAUUAUGGAACAACCUGAAAAUGAACGCAAAACAAUUAUAUUUACUAGUACCAAACGUACAGCAGAUGAGAUUACUAGAUUUUUACGUCAAGAUGGGUUCCCUGCUCUUGCUAUUCAUGGAGAUAAACAACAGAAUGAACGUGAUUGGGUAUUAAACCAAUUCCGAUCUGGAGAUCAUCCUAUUAUGGUUGCCACAGAUGUUGCAUCGCGUGGUAUUGAUGUCAAGGAUGUCAAAUACGUCAUCAAUUAUGAUUUCCCAACCAACAUUGAAGACUACAUUCACCGUGUGGGUCGUACUGGACGUGGUGGAAAUACAGGUCACUCGUUUACCUACUUCACCGCGGAAAACGCCCGUCAAGCCCGUGACUUGGUGGAUAUUCUUAACCAAACUAAUCAACCAGUUGAUCCUCGUUUACAGCUCUUGGUUCAAACUAGCCAUGGCUCUGGUUUUGGCAGUGGCCGUCGCGGUGGAGGAGGUUUCCGUGGUGGCCGUGGUGGCUAUGGUGGCUACAAUAGAUACAACAACAACGGUGGAAAUAAGUGGUAGACCUGUUGCUACCUUUAUCAUUAUUUACUAUUUACUAGAGUUACAUUUGAAGUGAUAUAAUAAAAAAAAACAUUUAAGACCGCGGCUUUAAAACAAGCGUACUAUUUUUCUUUUUUUUUUUU